AUGGCUCGGAGCGGAGCCUGCGCCCGCACACAUGAAUUGCGAUGGAAUCACACCAAAGUGAGCCUGCCAGCUUCAUUUGCCUCGCAAUAUGACGUCCGAGGUCCGCUCGCAGUAUCCCAUGACGGACAUUCCAAAGUGAGCCUGCCAGCUUCAUUUGCCUCGCAAUAUGACGUCCGAGGUCCGCUCGCAGUAUCCCAUGACGGACAUUCCAAAGUGAGCCUGCCAGCUUCAUUUGCCUCGCAAUAUGACGUCCGAGGUCCGCUCGCAGUAUCCCAUGACGGACAUUCCAAAGUGAGCCUGCCAGCUUCAUUUGCCUCGCAAUAUGACGUCCGAGGUCCGCUCGCAGUAUCCCAUGACGGACAUUCCAAAGUGAGCCUGCCAGCUUCAUUUGCCUCGCAAUAUGACGUCCGAGGUCCGCUCGCAGUAUCCCAUGUCGGACAUUCCAAAGUGAGCCUGCCAGCUUCAAUUGCUACGCAAUACGACGUCCGAGGUCCGCUCGCAGUAUCCCAUGUCGGACAUUCCAAAGUAAGCCUGCCAGCUUCUAUUGCCUCGCAAUUUGACGUCCGAGGUCCGCUCGCAGUAUCCCAUGUCGGACAUUCGGCCCUGUUUCCCAAGUGGCGCUCAACGUAG